AUGACAAACUUGGUGGAGGAAUUGGAACAAGGAAUGUAUGCUGCGGGAGAUGACAUGGUCUCACCGGAUGCUGGGAUGCAAGUGUACCACAUGGCGGCCAAGCUUUGGGCAUCCGCCCCAAUAUCUGAGGAUAUCGAGGUGGCAAGAAAGUGGGGUCAGUUGUUGGACGAGAUGGAGAAGUUUUUAGAAAAAAGGGGCGACCAUCCUUACAUCGUCACUAAUCCUAAGUCUAUCCAAGUUCGAGACGAGCGUGGUCAUCUCGUCAAUAAUUUGACCACUUUCUGGAACAAUCGCGACAUGGUGCUCAACGGAGGGCUGGACAUUCUGCCCAAGCCUGGAGAUACGGAUCCAUUAUUUUUGUAUGUAUGCCUAAAGCAUCUUGACCACCAAGAGUUCACCUAUAUCAUUGAAUUGGAAAACCAAGAUGAGAAAGAUCGCAGCGUUUUUGUCCGGCUUUACAUGGCUCCGACAUACAACCCGGAUCGAGAAAGGUUCAAUUUAACAGAACAAUACCCGCUCUUCUUUGCCAUGGAUGCCUUCCCGAUCAUGCUUAGCCCUGGAGCCAACACAAUUCACCGAAAGUCGGCCGACUCAACGGUUACCAAUCCCUGGUUUACAUUGACGUCCGAACUUCCACCCACUGCUUCACUGGAAAUUUUGGAAAAACGUGUCCAUGCGGGUACCCCCACCACCUUCUCCUUCCCAAGGGCUCCGAUGACAAUUUGGGCGUCUACGACCUCGUCGCCAUGGUGACGGAUGGGUCCGACUACAAUGGGCAACCAACCGACCUCUGCGCCUCAUCUUACAUGCACUGCUCCAGGCUGGACGGUAACCUCGAGUAUCCGGACACUCGACCGAUGGGUUGGCCAUUCGACAGACGACCAAGCGACGAGCUGAGCCAGGCUUAUUUGGACAGGUUGGUUCAACAAGUGCCAAACAUGGCGAAGACAACCGUGACGAUUGUGCAUAACGAUGUAGAACCGAAAGAACAUGUCAUCUAGAUGAGUUGGAAGGAAGGAAAGUGUGUUAAUAAUUGGCUAUAUUUAUUAUCAUUUAAUCAAUUGGCGAAAUUAUGAAAAAUAUUUAUUGGUUGAAAACUUUGAAUUAUACAACGGCGUGACUUCUGGAGACGAAUAAAUAAUUUUUGAUCUGGUCAUAA